UAGUGGGCCAGCCCAGACCUGGUUGUGGUUUCGUAAGCAGCGCGAGCUGCAGUAGACUAUAAAGCUACUGCUGAUCUAGCUGGGUGACUGUCGUCGUCCUCCAGAGCGCACAAAGCACGCAGUAGCCUAGUCAUAUUUCACCGGCGGAUAACGGACACGGGACAGGACACUCCUCGUCACAAUGGAGUUGUUCCCAGGGCUGGUGGUGCUGGGGGCUCUAAUGGUUUCAGUUGGUGCUGAAGGCGGCGUCGGCCCCAGCAACAACUCCAGUUUCUGCUCCGAGUCAAAGGAAUGUCUGGAGUAUGAGCUGGUGUGCAAAACAGAUGAAUAUGAGGUCCGUCACUACAGUCCUACUCGUUGGGUGUCUACGGAUGCGGAGGCCUACUUCAUGGGGGUGGGAGCAGCCGUGGCCUUCAGGAGACUGUUCCAGUACAUCACUGGAGACAACAACGGAGGUCUCCAGAUGGAGAUGACUGCCCCAGUCCUGGUGAGGAUCCCUGAGGAGACCAGGAUCUGGGAACCAGCCAUCUACACCCUCAGUUUCCUGCUUCCAGCAGCCUAUCAGGAGAGGCCUCCCACACCCACCGACGACAAGCUCUACUUUACUGAGAUGCCCUCUAUGGAUGUGUACGUGCGUAGCUACGGAGGCUGGAUGUUAUCUGUAACCUCCAGGCUUCAUGCUCACCUACUGACCAAGGAGCUGGCCAGAGUCCAGGCUGACUACAACCACACCUACCACUACGGAGUGGGUUACGACAGUCCUCUGAAGCUGCUGAACAGACACAAUGAGGUGUGGUACGUAGCUGAGGGAGAGGCCGUCUGCUCUGACCCCCAGGAACCAACCCCACCACACACACCUACCCCCACACACACACCCAACGCCACACCCAAUGCCACACACACACCCAACACCUCACACACACCCAAUGCCACACACAUCUCCUCCAGCACCAUCGCUGACUCCCCCUCAGAUCUCCCAGCCAACCGGACACCCACCCCCUCCCAGGCCCCCGAGGUGACCCCCUCUCAGGGCCCGGUGGUCGGGGAGACCCCCUCGGCCAACAGCUCUGACCCCCAGGUGGACGGCCCCUGGAACAACACUGUCGAGGCCUCCCUGGAGGACACCCCCUCUGAUAACUCUGUAGCCGACCCCACUGACCUCAACCUGGCCUAGCCCUGGAAUACUAUAUAUGACCCUGAACAGUAGAGGGGUACGGAGGGCUGCUGUGGUGAUAGAGCUCCUUCAGUUAGAUGUCCAUUUGGGAUUGGGCCCUUGCCUCAGUAUUUACUGUAAUACACCACCGCCCCCUACUGGUGUCAUAUUGUUACUACACAUAUUAGCUUUAUUCACCUGCCGCUCACCUGCUCUCCAUGUUACCACACUGACCUGUUAUCCAUGUUACCACACUGACCUGUUAUCCAUGUUACCACACUGAUCUGUUAUCCAUGUUACCACACUGAUCUGUUAUCCAUGUUACCACACUGAUCUGUUAUCCAUGUUACCACACUGAUCUGUUAUCCAUGUUACCACACUGAUCUGUUAUCCAUGUUACCACACUGAUCUGUUAUCCAUGUUACCACACUGAUCUGUUAUCCAUGUUACCACACUGAUCUGUUAUCCAUGUUACCACACUGAUCUGUUAUCCAUGUUACCACACUGAUCUGUUAUCCAUGUUACCACACUGAUCUGUUAUCCAUGUUACCACACUGAUCUGUUAUCCAUGUAUCAUAUCAAUUAAUUAAUCAAUCGACCAAUCAACAACAGACUUGGAGCUGCUUACCAUAUCCCUCUUUCCAUAAUGAAUGUCAGCCCUACAUAACAACUGUGUUGGUUUGAGUCAGCCCUACAUAACAACUGUGUUGGUUUGAGUCAGCCCUACAUAACAACUGUGUUGGUUUGAGUCAGCCCUACAUAACAACUGUGUUGGCUUGAGUCAGCCCUACAUAACAACUGUGUUGGUUUGAGUCAGCCCUACAUAACAACUGUGUUGGCUUGACUCAGCCCUACAUAACAACUGUGUUGGCUUGACUCAGCCCUACAUCACAACUGUGUUGGUUUGACUCAGCCCUACAUAACAACUGUGUUGGCUUGACUCAGCCCUACAUAACAACUGUGUUGGCUUGAGUCAGCCCUACAUAACAACUGUGUUGGCUUGACUCAGCCCUACAUAACAACUGUGUUGGUUUGAGUCAGCCCUACAUAACAACUGUGUUGGCUUGAGUCAGCCCUACAUAACAACUGUGUUGGUUUGAGUCAGCCCUACAUAACAACUGUGUUGGUUUGAGUCAGCCCUACAUAACAACUGUGUUGGUUUGAGUCAGCCCUACGUAACAACUCAAGAUCUAACCCUGGCCAAUGGCAGCGCUGUAGAUCAUCCCACCCUGGCCAAUGGCAGUGCUGUAGAUCUCACCCUGACCAAUGGCAGCGCUGUAGAUCUAACCCUGGCCAAUGGCAGCGCUGUAGAUCUCACCCUGGCCAAUGGCAGUGCUGUAGAUCUCACCCUGACCAAUGGCAGCGCUGGAGAUCUCACCCUGGCCAAUGGCAGUGCUGUAGAUCUAACCCUGGCCAAUGGCAGCGCUGUAGAUCUAACCCUGGCCAACCAAUGGCAGCGCUGUAGAUCUCACCCUGGCCAAUGGCAGUGCUGUAGAUCUCACCUGGCCAAUGGCAGCGCUGUAGAUCUCACCUGGCCAAUGGCAGCGCUGUAGAUCUCACCCUGGCCAAUGGCAGUGCUGUAGAUCUCACCCUGGCCAAUGGCAGCGCUGUAGAUCUCACCCUGGCCAAUGGCAGCGCUGUAGAUCUCACCCUGGCCAAUGGCAGCGCUGUAGAUCUAACCCUGGCCAAUGGCAGCGCUGUAGAUCUCACCCUGGCCAAUGGCAGCGCUGUAGAUCUCACCCUGGCCAAUGGCAGCGCUGUAGCAGUAUGGUAGCUUUAUUCUCCUUUAUCAUUAUUCAUUGUUUACAGAGAAACAGUUUUAUUUCUGUCACACUGACUAGAAGGUUCUCCACUCGUUGUCGUCUCCGUUUUGUAUUUAUUUGUCAUUAUUUAUAAAUGUAUUUUGUGUAGUUUGCGAGCAGCCUUUACAUUCAGCUUGAUAUCAGUCGGUAGUGUAUAAUUACUCACCAUGUUGUCUGUAUGACUCUAUGGUGUGUGUGAAAAUGCUUAACUUGUAUCAUUAGUAAAAUAGUCAAAAUGUAACAAUUUAAAAGUGAUAGACUGAUGUUUCAUCUGUAAUGUACCUGAGAAGGUUUCUGUUAGUCUGGUUGUAAUACCUGUCAAGUCCUGAGGAUGGCGCAAUAAACCACUAAAACAAA